AUGGCGGGCUCGCGCGGCAGCUGGUCCUGGGACGUGUCGGGGUUCGAGCCGCCGCAGCCGGCGACGACGACGGCGUCGGCACCGACCGCGAUGCCGCGGGCUCCGCCGACGGCCAUGGUGCUCCGCCCCUCCGCCGGGGCCGGCGCGGUGCCCGUUGCCGACCGGUUGGACCAGCUCGCGGACAGCGUCCAGCUUGCUAGAGAGGACUGCUUGGAGCUUAGACAGGAAGCUAGUGACCUUCUUGAGUAUUCUAAUGCAAAAUUGGGCCGUGUCACCCGCUAUCUUGGAUUUCUUGCCGACAGAACUCGAAAAUUAGAUGAAGCUGCCCUUGAGACUGAAGCUAGAAUCACCCCUUUGAUUCAUGAGAAGAAAAGGCUUUUCAAUGACCUAUUGACCUUGAAAGGCAAUGUCAAAGUGUUUUGUCGUAGUAGACCACUAUUUGAAGACGAGGGUCCAUCAGUAGUAGAGUUUCCAGAUGAUUUUAGUAUCCGUGUAAACACAGGAGAUGAAUCUUUAACCAAUCCUAAGAAGGAUUACGAGUUUGAUAGGGUAUAUGGACCCCACAUUGGGCAAGGUGAACUUUUCCUUGAUGUUCAACCAUUUGUGCAAUCUGCCCUGGAUGGGUACAAUAUUUCCAUAUUUGCAUAUGGUCAAAGCUGUUCUGGCAAAACACAUACACUGGAAGGAUCUAGUCACGAUCGUGGUUUAUAUCUACGGAGCUUUGAAGAACUGUUUGAUCUUUCAAACUCAGAUACUACUUCUACAGCACAUUUUAACUUCUAUUUUACUGCCUGUGAGCUCUACAAUGAUCAGGUUAGGGAUUUGCUAUCAGAAUCUAGCAGCACGGUUCCAAAAGUUCGAAUGGGUGUACAAGAAUCCUUUGUGGAGCUUGUCCAAGAGAAGGUUGAAAAUCCACUAGAGUUUUCUGCAGCACUAAAGAUAGCACUUCAAAACCGAUCAGUAAAUUCGCCAAAGGCCAUGGUUUCUCACCUGAUCAUUACCAUUCACAUACACUACAGAAACUACGUAACAGGAGAGCAUCUAUACAGUAAGCUUUCUCUAGUGGAUUUGCCAGCAAGUGAAUGCUUGCUUGAAGAAGAUGCCAACAGGGACAAUGUAACAGAUUUCUUGCAUGUCUCAAAGUCACUUUCUGCGCUGGGUGAUGCAUUUGCCUCUUUAAGCGCAAAGAAGGAGCCUGUUCUAUCUGGGAAUUCAAGAAUCACGCAAAUCUUAGCUGACUCUCUAGGAAGUAGCUCAAAGAUCUUGCUGAUCGUGCAUGUAAGUCCAAGUGCUUCAAAUUUGUCAAGAACUUUAUCCACACUCAGUUUUUCUGCAAGAGCAAGAAAUGCUGAGCUGAGCCUUGGAAAUCGUGACACAAUAAAGAAAUGGAAAGACGUGGCAAAUGAUUCACGCAAAGAAUUGCAUGACAAAGAAAAGGAGCUCACUGGUGUUUCUAGUCAUGGGAGCUUGAAAGAUAGUCCUCUUGCUGCAGUUCGUUGCUGUUGGGCAGUGAGAGGCACGUGGAUCUCGUGGCCACUGCAAGCAAGAACAUGUAUCUGCAUCAGAUCCAAGAAUUUCCAUAUCGACCAGCUCCUCACUGGACGCGACAACAGGAGGCGCAGUGGUCAUUUAAUGUGCGCCCGCCACUGCUUGCCGUCAACAGCCGUGCCUGAACUGCCAUGGUGGCGACGGAGUGGUGGCAAGCAACAGGAGUCUGAAAAUUUAAUGCUUGCCGAGAAGCACAAGAUUGAGAAAGAGCAGAAUAACCAGCUAAGGGAUCAGAUUUCUCAUCUUUUGAAAGUUGAACAAGAGCAAAAACUAAAAAUGCAAGAACGAGAUUUAACAAUUCAGUCACUACAGACAAAACUCAAGUCCAUUGAGUCUCAGCUUAAUGAGGCCCUCAAUGCUAGUGAUGCUAGAUCAACUAUUGGUUCUGAAUCUGCUUCAGUAAUUUCUUCCCCAAAGAUAACAGAAUCAACUGCUGACUCAUCUUCAGUGACUAAAAGGCUUGAGGAGGAAUUGGCAAAAAGGGAUGCCCUUAUUGAGAAAUUACAUGAAGAGAACGAGAAGCUUUUUGACAGACUUACAGAGAAGUCAGGAUUAGGAAGUGCUCCACAGGUUUCAAGCCCUUCAGCUAACAAGCCAGCUAAUGGUCAGGGAAGGGAGAUAGGCAGGAGUGACAGCAGCAAAAGUCGAUCACCAGAUGUGGUUGCGUCACCGGUGUCUCAGGAUAAAACUGGAAACAGUGGAGCUAUUGUGAAAUCAAGCAAUGAGCUAGCAAAAACUACACCUGCUGGGGAGUACCUUACGUCUGCACUCAUGGAUUUUGAUCCUGACCAGUUUGAGGGAUUUGCUGCAAUAGCUGAUGGUGCUAAUAAGCUUUUGAUGCUGGUCUUGGCUGCAGUUAUCAAAGCUGGUGCAGCUAGGGAGCAUGAGAUACUUGCUGAGAUCCGCGAUGCUGUGUUUUCAUUCAUUCGAAAGAUGGAACCGAGAAAAGUUAUGGAUACUAUGUUAGUUUCAAGAGUCAGAAUAUUAUACAUUAGAUCUUUGCUUGCUAAAUCACCAGAACUACAGUCCAUCAAGGUCUCUCCAGUUGAGCGUUUCUUGGAGAAAUCAAAUACUGGUCGAAGUAGAAGUUCUAGUAGGGGAAGUAGUCCUGGCAGAUCUCCUGUUUACCACCAUGGUCAUGGUUCCCGAACUGCGCUUGUUGAUGAACAUGUGCAUGGUUUCAAGGUGAACAUUAAACAGGAAAAGAAAUCAAAAUUCUCCUCGAUCGUUCUGAAGCUUCGUGGUAUUGAGGAGGAGACUUGGAGACAACAUGUGACUGGAGGGAAGCUCCGGGAAAUUACUGAGGAAGCUAAGGCCUUUUCAAUUGGAAACAAGGCUUUAGCUGCUCUCUUUGUUCACACGCCAGCUGGUGAAUUACAGCGCCAAAUUCGUGCAUGGCUUGCUGAAAACUUUGAGUUUCUGUCUGUAACUGGUGUGGAUGCUGCUGGAGGAGCUGCAGGACAGCUUGAACUGCUGUCAACCGCUAUUAUGGAUGGAUGGAUGGCUGGUCUUGGUACAGCGCAGCCCCCUACCACUGAUGCUUUAGGCCAGCUUUUAUCAGAAUACACAAAGCGUGUUUACACAUCACAAUUACAACACUUGAAGGACAUAGCUGGCACAUUGGCAACGGAGGAGGCUGAUGAUCCUGCACAUGUCAGUAAACUCCGUUCUGCUCUGGAGUCUGUGGAUCACAAAAGGAGAAAGAUCAUGCAACAAAUGCGAACUGACACUGCCUUGUUAACAAAAGAAGAAGGUGGUUCACCAAUUCGAAAUCCUCCUACUGCUGCCGAGGAUGCGCGAUUAGCAUCUCUCAUAUCGCUAGAUAACAUCUUGAAGCAAGUCAAGGAAGUAAUGAGACAAAGCUCUACAAGACCUAUGAGAAAAUCAAAAAGGAAAGCUUUGCUGGAGUCAUUGGAUGACCUCUUGACACAGAUGCCCUCUCUUCUUGAUAUAGAUCAUCCAUGUGCUCAGAAGCAGAUCAUGGAGGCACGGAAAGUUGUCGAGUUCAACCUUAUUUUGACACAAUGCUGCCAUGAAUUGGUGCAGUCACUGGAAGAAGACCCUGAUGAUCCUGCCCCGCAGUCUAAUGCAUUGGGAGAGAGCGAGGUUUCACAGUGGAAUGUACUGCAGUUCAACACGGGAACGACUGCACCUUUCAUCAUAAAGUGUGGAGCAAAUUCGAGCAGUGAGUUGGUGAUUAAGGCUGAUCUGCGAGUCCAGGAGCCUAAAGGUGGCGAGGUGAUCCGCGUUGUUCCAAGACCAACAGUUCUUGCGGACUUGAGUUUUGAGGAAAUAAAAGGUGUGUUUGAGCAAUUGCCAGAGGCAGUCAGCUUGCUUGCCUUGGCACGAACAGCAGAUGGUACAAGGGCCAGGUAUUCAAGAUUGUACAGAACCUUAGCCAGCAAAGUGACGGCCUUGAAAGAGAUUGUUGCAGAGAUGGAGAGGGGUGGUGUUUUCAAAGAUGUACGAUCAUCGUAG